UUUGGCGAACUGAAGCCAUGAAACUUACCACUAUGUUUGAUAAACAAUGCGAUUUUAGCUGGUUUUUGAUGUUUAAUGAAGUUCUUGUUACAUUUGGAUCUACAGUUUAGUUGUGCUACAAUCUUCGACAAAGGAGGUCGCAAAUUUCCUUCCGGCCUCUUCUUCUAAGUUCUAAGCAGAGUCGGUUCGUCGAGCGAAGAUCUGUGCGCUCGGUUGCGUCUCCCGCGUCUUCUCCCAUCCAGAGUCUCUUCCUCAAGCCGUCUUCAGAAUAUGCUCGAAUCACUAGAGUAUGAACUAUACUUGAUGGCCGAUGUAAUAUAGUUAACAGUAAGCCCAAUUGAGGCCCAAAUGAUGAUGAUCGCUAUCGACUUUUUGGAGGCGAUCGUUCUGUGGUUGAAGGUGUUAACAUAGACGGGGGCUGAAGGAUUUGGAUAGAUCAUGUUCCAAUGUCUAAGCAUUAGUUACGAUGAUCAGAAGACUUGAGUAAGUGCAUUCAACAGGAUUUCUGCAUAGAGGCAUAAAACCUUCCUUUCUUCGCAUCUUGGGCAAAAAGAAAAUCCGGUGAUGUUUUUUGAUGCAAGUGACAGAUGACAAGGUUAACUGAUGCAUAAUGUUGGGUGAUCGAAUGUGGAAGAAUUAAGAGAAUGGAGUAUGUGCAUUCAAAAGGAUUCCUGCAGAGGCAUUAAACCUUCCUUUCCUCUUGCAUCUUGGACACUAAACAAAUUAGAUUUUGUAAUGGCUGAAAAUGUGUGCUUAGAAGUGAAGUACACUAUGGAAGAGGAACCUGUAAAGCUUCUGGGAAUGAGACUUUCUCGUUUGGAUGUGAUUAUGAUUGUGGGUGGAAGCAGGCUCUUUCUGACGAUGGAUGGUCACUUCACGUUUCUCCCCUGCAUUAUACCCAAAGAUUUCUCAGAAAUUACAGAAGAGGUGUCUGUCUGUUCCGGAGAUUCGAUUCAAUCGGCCAUCUUUUUUUCCACUGCUCCUCGGGAUUCAGACUCACUCUUUCUCUUCCUCAAAAUAUAAUGUUUGAGAUUUUGAAGGAUAGGAAGUGAUAUUGAGAAGAACGGUGUGUUGGGUUGGGUUAAUGGAGGGGGAGACAUUGUCAUCAGGAGGAAUGGGGAAUGGAAGGCAGAUGGAUGGGAAAAUGGCUCACACAUUUCAGAAGAAUUUCGUUCAAGUUCAGAACAUUUUGGAUCAAAACAGAUUGCUGAUCAAUGAAAUUAACCAAAAUCACGAGUCCAAAAUGCCCGACAACCUCGCCAGAAACGUGGGCUUGAUUCGCGAGCUUAACAACAACAUCAGAAGGGUUGUUGAUUUGUACGCCCAUCUCUCUGCUUCCUUCACCAAAUCCAUGGAGGCUUCCUCCGAAGGAAACUCCGCCGCCAAGCCUGGCCACAAGCGCAACCGCCCUCCGCCGUAGCCCAUAUAUAUAGAUAUAUAUAUAUAUAUAUAUAUUACUACCCUCCCAUCUCCCCUUUUCUUCAUUCUUUGCUUACAACGAUAAUUUCCCAGAUUCUGUGUUUCCAAUUCUAAACCAAAAUUAAGCAUAUAUUUGUCUUCUUUUGGGUUUUUCCUUUCUUGAAUCUCUCUUGUCUGUUGGGGAAACAUUGUGAAGAAGUAGUAAGGUAGUGUGCAGGUACUCCAUUGGGGUUCUCCCACCAACACAAA